GAUAUCAGCGAUGCAUUUGAUUGGAUUAAAUUGUGAGAUACUGUGAAGCCAUCUAUGCCAUUUGCCGAGUAUAUAAAAGGAACUUGUUGAGCAAUACGGACGUUAUUUAUAGACAGUACCGCCAUGAACUUCAUUCUGAUACCAUUUUUCCUAGCAACUAAUUUGAUAAUCAACGAUGAUGCUUGGUACAACGGACCGGAAUAUUCAUUUUCUGUACAUUGGAGCAUAAUCUCGGAUCUUGAAAAGGAAAAAGGUCGUUACUUGGGUAAAGCUUUACUAAUGACAUUGAAAUGUCUACCGAGAGAAGUCAAUUAUUUGGUUUGCCAUUUCGAGGAUGUCAAAAUUGGUAAAUGGUCGUCGAAAAGGUUCGAUCGUGAAGGAGCAUUACCAGCAAGGAACAUCACCUACGAAAGAUUUGACUUCAGUGUUAAUAAUUUUGCAAUCAAUUUUCAUCAAAAUGGGAUCUAUAAUUAUAUUGUAGAAAAGGAUGACAAACUCGUUAAUCAGAUUUUAAUCGACAUGUUUCGAACGAUCGUUAAUCAACUUAACGUUGGAAUCAAUUUAGAUCGAAGGGAUGAUAAUUUUCAAGAGAAACAGAUUUUUUUUAUGGGUGAGUGCCCGGCCAAUUACAAAAUACUUCGAUCGAAAAUUAAUAAUCAUUGCGAUAAUAAAAAAUUCGAUUUGGAGUUAAUAAACAAUUCGAAAUUGAAUGACAACGAGGUUAUACGAAUCAAGAGGCAAAUUGUUCUAGAUCAAUGUGUUCCUACUGAUCUAUAUUAUUUCAUUGGAAGGGAUAUUCACAAUAUUAUUUUUGAAAACACCACUGAUCGUUUGAUAUCAUCGGAAAGUAAUACGAGGAUUACGAAAAAUUGUUUCACCACCGAGACAUUAAAUAUCGUUGAUAUAUACGAUCAAGAGCACAAAAAACUCGGUAAUGUUCUCGAUCAUAUAUAUUUAUCACUUGAUUCCAUUCAUCCGGCGCAAGGUAGUUCAAAAUGGAUUGAAAAUCCGACGUCCAUCGAUACCAUCGUGAAAACUCGAUCGAAUUACAAGAUAAAUUAAUAUUUGUUAAAUAUAUUAUCUUAUAUGACAUUAAAAAAAAAAAAAAAAAAAAAAAAAAAAGAGAGAGAGAGAGAACAAAAAGAAGAGAAAAAAAAAAGAAAAACAAUAUUUCGUACAAUAUAUACACGAAAUAUAUGAUACCAUCUCGAAUUGUUUCUAAAUAGAUUAAUAAAAGAAAAGUGAUGGUGAAACGUUUUGAGAUGAAGAGGAAUAAAAGAAAAAAAAAAAAAAAAAAAAAAGAAAAGGAAGGUAUUAAUAAAUCAAAAAAAAAAAAAAAAAAAA